AUGCUUCCUAUCCAGUCUCUCUUAAACCCACAGCCGGACAGCCCGGCUCGGGGUGCAUUGUGUGGCUCUUCCUCCAGCCAAAAGCCUCGCAAAGUGCCCAAGGAUGCCCCAGUCUUUCUUCCGGGUAAGAUCCAGGGCACUUGUCGCUUUCCCCCAUACGAGGAGCGGGAUGAGGAGCUAGCAAAGCACCAUAAGCAGUUCAGACUGCGCCCCAUGGGCAAUAUUGCGGAUUUUCCUCGUCAAAUCCCGUAUGCAAGUGAGAAGAAGACCUUUCAGCAGAGGACUGGCCGCGAUAGCUUUAAUGUCUUUCAGUACACAUUUCAGGUCCCCGGCGAAGAAAAGGAAUGGCAUGUCUUGUGGGACUACAACAUUGGCAUCGUUCGAAUGACACACUUGUUCAAAUGCAACGGCUACUCUAAGACUACACCGGGUAGAGUACUCGCACAGAAUAACGGCCUUCGUGAAAUCUGCCACAGUAUCACUGGUGGAGCACUUUUAGCUCAGGGCUACUGGAUGCCCUACCAUGCUGCGAAAGCGUUGGCAGCAACAUUCUGCUGGAAGAUUCGACACGCCUUGACCCCGAUGUUUGGACCCGACUUCCCUGCCAUGUGUAUCGAUCCUGAGGACAAGAGGCGCUUCGGUGUCAUGGUCAUUGACACUGAGAUCACACGUGUUGCCACAGAACAGGCAAACUACUUCCGCUCUCUAGAGAACACACCUUCACCACGCUCCGUGCUUGCCCCAGCUCCGAAAUUCCGACAAGUUCGUGAGAUGAAGAGCUUUGACAAUGACGAGGCAGCUUCCGUAAAGCUGGCUCCGAUCAAGUAUCCCCGCCACAGAUACGCAGACAGUAUUGCCAGUGCCCGUGACUCGUCCACCGAGCCUUACUCGCUCUCACCGAAGAGCCAGUCUCCUUGUUCCACAUUCACUCCUGUCAACCCCCCGCGGAGCAUCAACGAUCCACCUCGGACUCGAGUCACGUCUCCGAAGACUCUCAUCCGCGCCAUUUCUGAUGCUAUGCGCCCAGUGAAUGAAUCCCGUGCGAUGAGCGAGGAAAGUGACACCGAUAGCGACGGCUCUUCGAAUGUGUAUUCCACACCGAACUGUCCCUCUCUGGACAUCAACAUGGAGGAAAAGAUGGCUAUCGACGGGAAUUCCGAUAUUGAUACUCGACGAAGUGAUUCUGACCUCACGGACUCGGAUGAAGAUUGGACAAUGGAUGAUGACAAUGAUGACGAGGAUUAUCGUGGUUCGGGCAAGCAAUCUUUCGGUGGACUAUACAAAAGCAAGGCCACCUCGGCCAGUCCAAGUCCGCAGGCAAAGAAGAACCCAAGCCGAAAGUCUAGACCUUCGCGCCCUCCGUGCUCCACUCGCUUUGCUCGCGAGGUCAAGGCUGCAGAGGCUCUUCUUCAUUUGCAUAAGAAUGAGCUUGAGAGCAACGAAGCUGAGACCGAGGUUGACGAGAAGGGCACCACCCGUUCACAUAUCAAAUCUCGUUCUCAUGGUGACUUGCCUCGGGGUACCAAGCGACGCCGAGCUUCCAUUUGA